AUGCUAUCAUCAAAACAUCUAGCUAAGCCCGUUCGUAAAACUUGGAAAAAUCAACCUGCUUCAUCACUUGAUAAAAUUUCGACUUUCGAACGCUGUGAUUCAAACAAAACUUCUGACAAUGAUGAUUCCGUUUUAUCAUUGUCAUCGACGAAUGGUUGGAUCAUUAAGUAUAGAACCAUUCCAAAACCGACUCGGCCACAAGGUGUAUGGGAUGGCUACCAAACAAAAGAAGAAUUUGCGUUAAUGCAUUUGCGUUAA